CCACAGGUUGAAACUUGAAUAUAUUAAUUGCUUUUGAGAAAAUGAAAGCUUCAUAUCAAGUUUUAUUCUUUCCUCAAAGCUUAUUUUGAUGCAAAUUCAAUUUCAACUUUGAAAGAGCACUUCAGUGUCAUCUUCCUGGCUAUGCUUGCAAAUAAAGCCGAAUCCGAUUGAUCAACUGUGAUAUACCUAGAGCUAUCUUGCAGAUCAAUAAUGAAGCAAAUGAUCAUAUGAUCAUGAAUUCAAGAUCAGAAAAAGAUUUUCGAGCAAAGCAAGAAGGCGAUGCCUACAAUUCCAGCAAAUUUUCAGAGAUCCCACCUUCUUCAUCAAGACGGUGGUCAUCAUCCUUAAAAAAUCCAAGAAUUGUACGCGUCUCACGUAACUUUGGAGGCAAAGAUAGGCAUAGCAAGGUGUGUACUGUGAAGGGAUUAAGAGACCGAAGAAUUAGGCUUUCAGUUCCUACUGCAAUUCAAUUGUACAAUCUUCAGGACAGGCUUGGACUCAGCCAGCCUAGUAAAGUUGUAGACUGGCUACUCGAUGCAACUAAACACGAAAUUGAUAAGCUUCCCCCUCUUCCAAUGCCAACCGGAAUGAAUUUCAGCCAUUUUCCAAAUGAUCAUCAUCUAUCAUCGAGUCUUUCCCACUUUUCGAAUACAAAUCAAGCUUAUGCGAAGGAUUCUGGACUCAAUCACGUGUUUUUCUCACGCAAGGAAGAAUUAGGGAUCAAGAAUGUAAGUAACCAUGUUGAAAGGGUACAUCAGAAUCAAGAAAAUCAAGAAGGUUUUGGUGGAUAUGUGGCACAGAAUUUUUUCCCACAAGGAAAUUAUCAAUCUCCUUUUCCUACACCAUUGCUGAAUAAUCCCUACUUUAAUUGGGAUCCUAAUCCAAGCUUGUCUUUAUCUCAAUUUGGAGCUGGAGGUCAUUCUUAUCCAAAUCAAACAGAAGAAUCCCACAACAAUAUUUCUGCACCUUCAAGCUCUCAACUGUACUUCUAUCCAUCCGGGACAGCAAUACCAUCGUUAAAUUUUCCUCCAUUAAUCCCAUCAUUUAUGACAACAUCAAUGGAGAAUGAGUUGAGACAAAGUAAUUACUUCCAGCAACAAAAUUCACUGAUGCCAACCCUUCAUUUGAUUGGCUCUCCAAUGAUAUCUUUUGGGUCGAAUGCCAAUCAGAAAACUGUCCAAUUGCCCGAAAAAGGUAACAACGAAAGCAGCAGUUCUUAGGCCUUAGCCAUGCAAGAAUUGUUGCACAGUACCGAGGAUCAUGGAAGAAACAAAGUAUGCAGUUUUCAGCUUUGCAGAUAAUGAAUACAGUUAAGGCAUUCGUGAAUCUUUAUAUACUAUUUAUUUCCAAAAAAAAUAUAUACAGGUACACUGAAAAUUUGUCAUUUACAACAUUUUCAUCGUCAGAUUCAACUUCAGAAGCUAAUAGUUGAUGAUUUACUAAAAAUAUGUAAAAUGUGAGACAAGUUGCACGCAGUUUUAUGUGCUGGUUAAGUAGUACUUUCUAUCAUUUGAUUUUGCAGUUC